GAAACGCAUCAAAGAAAUAUGUUAUCGGUGCCCAUCCUUUUGAAGAAAACUUUUAACUGCAGUGUUUUGAUGGCACACAGUGAUUCUCCCCAUAGUUUCAAUCUUAUUCUGUCUCAAGUCCUUUUGAAAAAUGUAAUUUCUACUAGUUUUCUGAAAAAGUUCUGGUUUAAUCGGUUUAAGUUCUCACAGUCCUUAACGAAAACACAGAACUGAAAGGAGUUUCAAAGCAACUUCUGCUCAAGACAGUUCAAGUUCAGUGGAGGAACAAGAAACAUCUUCAUCAUUAUUCAUGAUCAUGUGAGAAUCUGUGAAUGGCGAUGGCGUCUGUUAAAGAGCUGCUUCUGAAUUCACUGGAAGACCUGAGAGAAGACCAUCUAAAGAAGUUUCAGUGGCACUUAGAGAACGAUCAGGAGAGAAUAACAAAGUCUGAUAUGGAGAAUGCAGAUAGGAUGAAUACUGUGGAUAAGAUGGUGGAGUGUUUCGGACCAGAAGAAGCUGUGAAGAUCACAGUGGAGAUCCUGAGGAAGAUGAACCAGAAUAAUCUGGUUGAGCAGCUGGAGAAAAAUCACAAGCAACACAAGCAAGGUUCAGCCACUCUACCCGAUUACACAGAGGCCAGCUGCAGACUGAAGGACACAUUAAAACAGGAGUGUGAGCGGAUAUUGGUUGGUAAUUCACAGACAGGUCAUCGGAAAAACCUGAACGAUAUCUACACUGAUUUAUAUGUGGUGGAGAAUGAGACUGGAGGAAGAGUGAAUGAGCACGAGGUGAUACAGAUCGAGUCUCACAACCGACCGACUGCCAAGGAGACGGCAAUAAAGUGUAAUGACAUGUUUAAACAAAACUCAAAGGUACUGACGAUGGGGAUCGCAGGAGUAGGAAAAACUGUCUCUGUCAAUAAAUUCAUCCUUGACUGGGCUGAAGGAAAAGAAAAUUGGGAUAUAACCUUUGUUUUUCCUCUUCCAUUCCGUGAGCUAAACCUGAUUACAGAGGACUGCAGCCUCAUGGAAAUGCUGCACGAACACUUCUUUAGUGAUCCUAAAGAACUGCCCUCUCUUCCUAAAGGUGACAGGAAGGUCUUGUUCAUUUUUGAUGGACUGGAUGAAUGUCGCUUCCCUUUGAGUUUUGAAGAUGGUGUCAGAUUUACAGAUGUUCACAAAAAAACAACAGUGAGUAAGAUAAUAACAAGCCUCUUUAAGAGACACCUGGUUCCCUCUGCUCUCAUCUGGAUCACUUCCAGACCAGCAGCAGCCAGUCUGAUUCCCCGUGACUACAUUGAUCAAGUGACAGAGGUGCGAGGAUUUAACGAUGAGCAGAAAGAGCAAUACUUCAUCAAAAACAGCAGUCCUGAGGUUGCUCGAAAACUCGUCAGUCACAUCAAGAAAUCCAGGAGCCUGUACAUCAUGUGCCAUAUUCCUGUAUUCUGCUGGAUCUCUCUCACUGUUCUUCGGCCUCUACUGGCUCAAAAGAGCAAUGACAAAACUCCCACAACUCUCACAGGGAUGUACACAAGCUUUGUAAUUUCUCAGAUGCAGCAGAUGAAAAAGAAGUACCCUAAAGGUCCUGAACUUAACGACAUUGACAGGUUUUUUUAUGAGCUUAUUUUAAAGCUUGGGAAACUGGCCUUUCGACAGUUGGAGAAAGGAAAUCUGAUUUUCAACAAAAAAGAUCUUGUGGAAUGUGGACUUAAUGUUAGUCACCUGAUUUUUGACAAAAAAGAUCUUGAGAAGUGUGGACUAGAUGACAGAGAAGGGCCAGUGCAAUCUGGGUUAUGCACUCAGAUCUUUCAGGAGGAAAAGGCUGUUUUAACAACAAGUGUUUACAGCUUCGUACAUCUCAGUGUACAGGAAUUUCUUGCUGCUCUUUAUGUAUUUUUGAUGAACAAAGACAAGAAAGCAAACCCAUUUGUUCCAUGGUGGAAAGAAAUGAUACUGAAAUUCUCCAUAAAGCCACAGUUUCAGCUUCAUAAGGCUGCAAUCAACAAGGCUUUAAGAAGCAAGAACGGACACCUGGACCUUUUCCUUCGGUUCCUCCUGGGUCUCUCACUGGAGUCCAAUCAGAGUGACCUGAUGGGACUACUGCCAGGACUGGAACUCAGAACAGAGAGCAUUAAAGACACUGUUGACUAUAUCAAAAAGAAAAUAGAAAAGGAGAAAUCAAUAGAGAGGACUAUCAAUCUCUUCUACUGUCUGAGUGAACUGAGAGAUGACUUUGAGGAGGAAAUCCAGAAGAAUCUGAGCUCAGGAAAUCUUUCAGCACAGAAUCUCUCCUCUGCUCAGUGGUCUGGUCUGGUGUUUGUGCUCCUGAUGUCAGAAGAGGCUCAAGAGAUGUUUGAACUGCAGAAAUACAGAAGAUCUGAUGAAGCAGUGAUGAGACUACUGCCAGUGAUCAAAAACACCAGAAGAGCAUUGCUAUAUAGCUGUAAUCUCACUGCUCAGUGUUGUGGGACUUUGUCUUCAGCUCUACAAUUCUCAAACAUCUUUCUGAGAGAGCUGGACCUGAGUAACAAUGACCUGCAGGAUUCAGGAGUGAAGCUUCUUUCUGAUGGACUGAUGAGUCCAAACUGUCAGCUGGAGACACUGAGAGUUCCCACAUGUAAUCUCACUGCUCAGUCCUGUGAGAGUUUAUCUUCAGUUUUUCAAUCCUCAAACGUCCUGAGAGAGCUGGACCUGAGUAACAAUAACCUGCAGGAUUCUGGAGUGAAGCUGCUUUCUGAUGGACUGAAGAGCCCAAACUGUCAGCUACAGACACUGAGAUUUUUCACUUGUAAUCUCACUGCUCAGUGUUGUGAGAGUUUGUCUUCAGCUCUACAAUCCUCAAAUAUCUUUCUGAGAGAGCUGGACCUGAGUAACAAUGACCUGCGGGAUUCAGGAGUGAAGCUGCUUUCUGAUGGACUAAAGAGUCCAAACUGUCGGCUGGAGAUACUGAGAUUGUCUGGCUGUAUGGUGACAGAGGAAGGCUGUGGUUAUGUGUCUUCAGCUCUGAGUUCAAACCCCUCAUACCUGAGAGAGCUGGAUCUGAGCUACAACCACCCAGGAGAUUCAGGAGUCAAGCUGCUCUCUGAUAAACUCAAGGAUCCAAACUACAGACUGGAAAAACUCAAUGUGGAUCAUGAAGAAGAGAUCAGGAUUACAGCAGGACCACGAAAAUAUUCCUAUCAGUUCACUCUGGAUCUGAACACAGUGAAUAAACUCCAUCUGUCUGAGAACAACAGCGUGAUUACUUACACUGACACAGAGCUCCAGCCGUAUCCUGAUCAUCCAGACAGAUUUGAUCAUUAUGAGCAGGUGUUGUGUAGAGAGAGUGUGUGUGGACGCUGUUACUGGGAGAUUGAGUGGAGUGGGUAUGUGUUUAUAUCAGUGUCAUAUAAGAGCAUCAGCAGGAAGGGAGAGGGUCCAGAGUGUGUGUUUGGAUAUAAUGAUCAGUCCUGGAGUUUGUCCUGCUGUUCCUCCAGUUACUCAUUCAGACACAAUAACGUAGAGACUAAACUCACUGUAAAGCCCAUCAGCAGUAAAAUAGGAGUGUGUGUGGAUCCCAGUGCAGGAACUCUGUCCUUCUAUGGCAUCUCUGACACAACGAGCCUCAUACACACAGUCCAGACCACAUUCACUCAACCGCUCUAUCCUGGGUUUAGGGUUUAUUAUAAUGGAUCAUCAGUGAAACUGACAGUAGAGUAGACUGUAGAGAGAUUAUACCCAUAAUAUUUUGUGCUCCAUGAUAAAUGCACUACAUAUCUGUUAGUGAAAUAAAGAGAAACCCAGAAAAACAGACAAUGAUACAAAGAGAAGAGAGAGGAAAUAUGAGAAAUUUGGUUCAGUCGCUUUGUUUCCCUAAUCUGUUCUCUGUGCAUUUAUACCCUGUGUUAUCACUCAGUCCUGGUCCGUUCUUGUUUAUUGUAAUAGCGUGUUUUGUGGUUCCCGAGUUAUGUUAAAUAAAUUCAUGUUUCCUGUCCUGAAAUUCCUGAAUUUCCUUGAUUCAUACCACCACC